GCUUGUGCUUGACGUCAUGCGAGCGAUGACCAUUGUAACCGAGCAAUUGUGAUUUAGUUAUUAGUGGUGAUUUUAUUAGACUAUUUGAUGUUUUCAGUGAUAUAGUAAAAAUGGAGACUGAAAGGAUGAUAGAAGAUACAACGCCGCCUCAGGUGACAUCUUUAACGUCGCUGGACACAGGCGUGCGGCCUGCCCCGAGCAGCCCCGCAUACACUGCGGAGCGCGACACAUGUAUCAACUUGUUUGCGAGAUGGAACGAAACAGAUCAGGUGGAGUUUGUAGAGCAGCUCCUGGCACGCAUGUGCCAUUACCAGCAUGGACACAUCAACGCGUACCUCAAGCCCAUGCUGCAGAGGGAUUUUAUCAGCAUGCUGCCCAAGAAAGGCCUCGACCACGUCGCCGAGAACAUCCUCUCGUACCUCGACGCCAGCUCCCUCUGCGCAGCCGAGCUGGUCUGCCGCGAGUGGCAGCGGGUCAUAUCAGAAGGCAUGCUGUGGAAGAAACUGGUGGAACGGAAGGUCCGGACUGAUUCGCUGUGGAGGGGCCUCGCUGAGAGGAGAGGAUGGAUCCAGUAUUUAUUUAAGCCAAAGCCGGGCUGCCAGCACCCGUCACACUCGUUCUACAGACAGCUCUUCCCCAAGAUCAUACAGGACAUACGCUCCAUAGAGGACAACUGGAGAAUGGGCCGGCAUAACUUACAGAGGAUAAAUUGCAGAUCCGAAAACUCAAAAGGCGUGUACUGUUUACAAUACGACGACAACAAAAUAGUGUCCGGACUGAGGGACAACACGAUCAAAAUAUGGGACAGGAAAACAUUACAGUGCGUUAAGGAACUCCAAGGCCACACGGGCUCCGUCCUCUGUCUGCAGUACGACUCGCGAGCCAUCAUAUCGGGCUCCUCGGACAGCACCGUGCGCGUGUGGGACGUCAACACCGGCGCCAUGCUCAACACGCUCAUACACCACUGCGAGGCCGUCCUUCAUCUACGCUUCUGCAACGGCAUGAUGGUCACCUGCAGCAAGGACCGCUCAAUAGCAGUAUGGGACAUGACGUCGACAACGGAAAUAAUGCUCCGCCGCGUGCUGGUCGGACACCGCGCCGCCGUCAACGUGGUCGACUUCGACGAGAAAUACAUCGUCAGUGCUAGUGGAGACAGGACCAUCAAGGUCUGGAACACAUCAUCGUGCGAAUUCGUCCGCACGCUAAACGGCCACAAGCGCGGCAUUGCGUGCCUCCAGUACCGCGACCGGCUUGUCGUGUCAGGCUCCUCGGACAAUACCAUCCGGCUGUGGGACAUCGAGUGUGGCCAGUGCAUCCGGGUGCUGGAGGGUCACGAGGAGCUCGUACGCUGUAUACGGUUCGACAACAAGAGGAUAGUGAGCGGCGCGUACGACGGCAAAAUCAAAGUGUGGGACCUGCCCGCCGCGCUCGACGUGCGCACGCCGCACCAAGAGUUAUGUUUAGGGACUUUGGUGGAGCACACGGGCCGCGUGUUCCGGCUGCAGUUUGACGAGUUCCAGAUCGUUUCGUCAUCUCACGACGACACGAUCCUGGUGUGGGACUUCCUCAACUACGGUGGCGCCUCCCCCGCCCCCGCGGCGCCGCACCCCGCCCCCGCCGCCGCCCUCGCCGCGCCCGCGCCCCGCCCGCGCUCGCCCGACCAUGACCGCGACCUGUACGACUAGCGCAGGUAAUCAUAGGAGACCACAAGGAGACUAUUAUAAUAUUUUUAACGAUAUAGCAGUGCGAUGUGUCGUGCGACGGAUAGAUCUAAACCAAUCGUGGACUAUAAAUAAAUUAUUAUUAAAUAUUAUUAUACUAUUAAAUGUUAAUUUUAAAACUGUUUCGACGUUACCAAUUGACUAAGAGCCCUAGAAAAUGAAAUUGUGAAUAGACGGGUCCACACAGAGCGAGCAUUCCUCGCACGUAUGUUCGCUCCGUGUGGAUCCGGCUUAUUGUGCGAGUUAGUUGGCAUGAUAAAUAUAAAAUAUACACUUGAGGAACGAUAAAAAUAAAAUAUAUAAUGAAAUAUCAAAGACAAAGACGCGUAUAGUUCAAAGAUAGCCAAAGUAUAGUGCGACAGAAAAUAGAAGAAAUUAAAUAAAAUGAAACUAAAAAAAAUCCAUACAAAAUUGUUGCCAUGUUUAAGCAUUUUACAUCAAAAAUGUGACAGUUACGUAGGAAGUGGCGCCCUCAUUUAUUUUCUACAAAAAAAAAUUAUUCUACAAUUUCUUGUCGGACUAUAGACGUAUGUUUUUGUAUGGAUUGUCAAAAGUUAUCUGAUUUAUUACCGCAAAAUGUGCGGGGCACAAAAGCGCCAUCUACUUUACGCGUCUUGUAUAUGGGCUGAUAUGAUGAUGAGAAUAGAUAGACUUAUGGCUGAUUUUUAAUAGCUGUUAAUUUUAAUAAAACUUCCGUGGGACACGGACAUAUUAAAAUAUAUUUAUAACAGGUCACUCACGUAUUUUAAGUCUGAAAACACUUGACAUGUUUCACCCCGUACCGAGAAGUGUCAUCAGGAACGGAGUGAAACAUGUCGAGCGUUUUUCGACUUAAAAUACGUAAGUGACCCGUUAUUAAUAUAUUUAAUAUAACUGUUAAUUUUAGUUGCGUAUUUCUUAAUUAUGAGAAGAAAUAACGCUAUCUGUAUCUAAUGGCGCUCCCACAUUGACUGUUAUGAAAUGUUUUAUAAUAUCGUAUGAUAGGGACAGUGAUGGUAGUGUUUUAUCAUUCUGAUUCCGCAGUUUUACUGGCUAUGUUUAUCAGAGGGAAAUAACUUUUUAAUAAUGGUCUUUUUAACAAACAUUUAUUAUUUUUUUAUUUAUUAUCAUGGUGAUGAUAUGUAUGUAAUAAGAAGCAUAGCCCAUAGCCAUAAUAAUUCACGCUGGGCGUGACAUUAUUGGCAUGAAUUUUAAAAAUAAGUUUAACGCUAACCUAAAUGCUAACAAUUUAACAUAACAAGGAAUUCUGACGCGAAUAUUUUCGCCCGAAAUAUCGAAAUACUUUUUUUUUAAAUUAACCACGGUUGGUAUUUCAGGUUUCAGGAAAAAUGUUACGUUCAUUAGUAAAGGUACCUAGCGGUUGACGCUUAACGUCCACCACCGCAUUAGUAUUGGAGCACCGUUAUUAAAAGCGUAAGCGACAACCGCCAUAAGGUACCUUUACCUGUAGAACGUCACAAAUGUACAACCAGCUAGAAAAGUCAAUAUUGUAAUUUUUUGGCCAAUGGAUAAGGUAAUUUGUUAUGCCAACUAACUUGUAAAGUGAUGUAUGAACAACUUUAAGCGCUACUUGCACCAUCCCACUAACCCGGGGUUAACCGGUUAAAACGUUAAGAGCCCAUCAACGUGCUCACUAGCGCCACUGCUAAAUAAUUGUGAUUAUUUAAAUUUAACGAUAGAUAUUUUAAAAAGGGGGCCGCUACGUACUGUAUUUCGUAUUUAAGUACCUUUUGAAUACAUUAUAAUAGUUUUUACGUUGCUGGAUUCGUCAAUCUACGCGUCCGAAAUUAAAACGGCUGUUUUUGAUGACGAUGAUAGAUCUACGAAUUUAGCAACGGCCCCCUUUUUAGGGUUCCAUACCCAAAGGGUAAAAAACGGGACCCUAUUACUAAGACUUCGCUGUCCGUCUGUACAUCUGUCUGUCUGUCUCAUGAACCGUGAUAGCUAGACAGUUGAAAUUUUCACAGAUGAUGUAUUUCUGUUGCCGCUAUAACAACAAAUACUAAAAAGUACGGAACCCUCGGUGCGCGAGUCCGACUCGCACUGGGCCGGUUUUUUAAAUAUCUAUCGUUAAAUUUUAAUAAUCACAAUUAUUUAGCAGUGGCGCUAGCGAACACGUUGAUGGGCUCUUAACCCAGUGUCAAAUUGUACUGGUAGCCAUGGUAACUCCAGUUUUAACCGGUUAACCUGGGUUAGUGGGACGGUGCAAGUGGCCCGAAGUGUCCCUGUUAUAUGUAGGGUAACGUGGAAGUGAGCGAGGGAAAGCCGGAGUAAUCGUUUCUUUAUGCUAUGACUGUAGGAUGAGGUAAUCAACUGUCAACUGUUUGCAUAGAUGGCGCCAUCAUAGCUUGCCCCUUUUUCUAUGAGAUUUGGCUUAAGGGGCUGGCACCCAGGUCAUAAAAUUCCAUUUAAAAAAAAAUUGACACGCUAGGGAUUGACAGGGCAAGUUAUGAUGGCGCCAACCCCAUUAUCUCAAAUUAGGCCAAAAGUAGUGGUAACCUUUUCCUCCGAAAUGAAAUCUGAGUAACUGCAUUAAAUUAUAGUGUCGUUUACAUAAUUGUACUGCAAUUUUAGAUAUCAUAGCAACCCUAGUAUAUCGGAAGAAAAAGUUAAUCACCAUUUUUGAGGUUAGAAAUGUUCUAAUCUUUAAAAUAAACGGGGUAUAGUCAAAUAUCGGUCACCCUUGAUGCAAAAGACUGAGAAACCUCAUUAAAAUAUCAAUUUUCAAUUUAAGUAUGUAAUAAUUUAUAAUAGUAUCGUUUUUGCAUAGAACAGGGGCACUUAAGUUGCGAUACAACAGUAAGUAUAGUCAAGGAGCUCAGUAAAACUAAUUCUGGUAAAAGUUGAGUCAAAGGGAAGCUAAAACAAAACUGUUACUUCACGGCAAGCCGAUUACGCACGCGCACACGCACUUAUCGGGUUUGAGCAUUUGACCGCUUAGCCUCGAUUUGCGAUUGUGUGCGUGUGACGAAGGAAGGAAAUAUAUCGGCAUUAUGAAAUUGUGGUGAUAUUUUAAAGACUGUUCUUCUAAAAAUAAAAGUGAAAAUGUGUUUGACUAUAUUUACUGUUGCCAAGGAAACCGGACAUCGACGUGAUGGUUCUAUCGGAACCGAAAUUGUUACUAUAUUGGCCUUGAUGCAAUUUAAUAUGGUUUUCAAAAUGAGUGGAUUAACAUAAGGCGGGUGUCCGACCGGUGAUGACAAAGCGAGUGGAGAGCUAUUUUCUCGCUAAUAUAAGGUAGAAGUCCGACCGGACCAAAGAUUUAUAUAACUCCGUAUAAGAUGGAUACAGAUGGAAAAAACGUGCCUCGGAAAUCAAGAAAAUUUGAUUCUCGAACAGGUGGCGCCACCACGUUUUACCACCUUUGGCCUGUUCUCGACUAGAUGGCGUUGACGUUUUCGUUUGUUAUUUAACAAUUUUAACGCAUAUCAGUGAAUAAACAUGGGUCAAAAUCAUAUAAAAUUAGGCUGUAAAGGGUUCGAAACGUCGGGAUGUAUUAUAAAUUCAAUAUACGCGAUAUAAUCCGUUUUUCAUAGUUUUAUUUCAUGAGUAACUAUCGCGGUAACCGAAGACAAUAUCAUAUAAAAUUAAUAAAUGCAAUCAUUUAUCCAUAUAUAAAUACAUUUUAUGGUAUUUUUAACCAUCUUUAUUUUUAGUUUUAAUCGUGUGUCGAUACAUAGCAGUGAAUUUACUGUGGCUACAAAAUUUACUAUGACAGUACUCCUCUAUCCUAUAAUUAAAUAUAUCCUCUUUGGACCGGACCGAAGGCGAGUAGAUUGGAUAUUUUCUCGCGAGUAGAUAUUUUAUAAGGGACCCUUAAGACCACAGAAUAAGUAAUAUUAUUAUACAGAACGGCCACGCACCGUCCCGCCCCGACUCGAAUUACCUCGCCCCGGGACAGCAGAUUGACGGCCGUUUGCCGGCCGCUCAGUACUAUUUUUAAGCAACUUACUCACACUAUGACGCAUGACGCGUGUACAGACGUGCCGUUCACACAUAGAAACGCGUCAUUUUUGAUGUAUAGCGUGUCCGCCCCGUGAUUUGAACGCCAUGCAUAUCGUGCGCAGCGCGCCAUCUUGAACCUUGUGGCAAUGCAGGAAGGUUGAUAUUGGGCUGUCGCCAAGCGCGUCACUUGACGCCUUUGGCGGUCAUAGGAUUAAAGGAGUGCAGAGGAUAAUUAGGUAAGGAAAAACGAGUUUCUUCGAUAAAUCAGGCCCAAGAGAUUCCUCUCGAACCAGAUAUCUUGUAUUAAUCCGUACUGAAAAUAUAUAAAUUGUAGAAAAUAAAAAAAAUUGCGCCUAGUAUGAGUGCUAAACUAGAUGGUGCUAUGCGGCGCCAUGUUUUGUGGUUACCGCAUGUAUGGGGCCAUAAUAUAGCGACAUUUAUUUUGGCGAUCAAAUUCGAGGAAUAUUUUGUUUCUUACAUCUUUUAAUUAAUAAAUCUGUCCGUAACUUAUGUUAAUCCGCUCAAUUUGGACCCAUUUAGUCCAGUUUAAUGAUAUUUAAAAUAGGUAAUUCGGACUAAAAAUACUUUGAACGGUGUUACACGCUAAAUCUAGAUAGAACACAAAUAUACCUUUUGACACAUGUUUUAAGUUUUUACAGACACUUGAAAAAAAAUUAUGCGAAUCUAUUUAUUCAGGUUAAAGGGCUAAUUUAUUAAUUUUCCUUUGUCUAUUGGUCAGUAUUUCUGUCUCAUUUUAACGUGUAACAACGCUCUUAAUAUACGAUUUGCUAUCUUUAUCCUUCAAAAUAUAGAUAGCACAUUUUUUUUCGUAAUCAACGGUGACAUAAUUUGUAAAUUUCGCAAGUGUACAUUUGAUUCGUUUAAGCUUGUAUAGAGAGGUAAAGAUAUAACUGAUAUAAGUUUUAUAUAUGUGACGUUUUCAAUCAAAAGGUACCACAUUGUCGCUUACCAUAAGGACGAAAAUUGCUUGUAUCUUUAUACGAAAAACUUUGACAGCGUCCUUAUGGCAAGCGACAAUGUGGUACCUUUUGCUUGAAAACGAGACAUAUUGUACCUCGAUCUCAACUAAUAGUGGUUGAAAUCAUAGAGUAUGAGAUGAUAAGAGUUGAAAUGUUGAAACUCCUCAUUGGCGAUGUGUCCCUGGUACUUCAGCAUCAAAUAGAUACAGUUAAACCGAGCUAAGUUGGCGGCGAUUUUGAUAGCCCAGGUUGUGUAAGUGUUAAUUAAACGUCAUAAUUAUAUAGAAGUUUGACGUUUAAUUAAAACUUGCAGAGUCUGGGCAUCGAUCACUGCCAACUUAGUUUGGUGUAACUUCAGACUGAUUUUCGCCAGAUUUCGGUCAAAUUUGGUGAAUAUAGUUCCCUAUUCUGUAGGAACAAUAUAAGCGUAAUUUCACUGUUCUAAAAAAUCUUCCUCUGAAAAAAUAUGAUAUUUCGUAACUACGAAAAUAUCAUAUGUUUUUCUACUAAAUUACAUAGGUAAUUUUUUUCGGGAUACGUUGUGAUUUCGUAAUUAUCCGAACGAAUAUCUCUUCAAAACGAGCCAAAUUUGAUCCAAAACGAAAAAAAUGUUCGACAACAAAAUAAAAAUUGGCAAUGGUGUGUUACUAUGUAUGUAUUUGGCCACUUUGCCCGUAACUAUUUGAUGCUGGCCAUACCGGAUCGUUUUGGUACCGAUCUUUUUUUGUACUGAAAACCGGUACCGAAAUCCGAUACAAAAAGUUUGUAGGGUAAGCCAUCCUAUUGUCGACAAAUUUUAAGGCAGCAGUGACUUUCCUACAAAAAAUAGAUGCUAACUGGUGCUGGGACUGGUUUCAGUGUCAAUCAUUGGGUAGUUUACCCUACAAGCGCUCACAUACAUCUUUACAAUCAAACUUUCAAAAAAUAUAUGGGGCAUUUUUUAUAAAAAGGGACCUUAUUGUCGAUGGCGCUUACGACAUUAACUAUGCUCCAAUAUAAAUACAAUGCCGUGCGAACCCAGGUAGCAAAAUGACGUAAAAUAACGUCAGCGACGUCAUAAUGACGGCAUUAUUACGUCAUUAUGACGUCGCUGACGUCAUUUUGCUACCUGGGAAGCUGUGCGGCGUAAGCGCCAUCGAGAAUGAUGUCCCUUUUUAUAGAAAAUGCCCCAUAUAUUUUUGGAACGUUUGUUUGUGAGCUCGAUCGUAAUGGAUCUCAAUCAAAGAUGGCUGAUGAACGUUAGAUACGAAUUGUACUUUGGAAAGAACUGUAAAAAAUGUAGUCUAAUACAAUGUUAAGUUUAUCUCGAUUUGACAGAACUAUCUUCACUUAAUUAGCUUGGAUAUUUGACAGUCGUCAUCAAUCGGAGCGGCCGAGGUGCUCACAAAUAACUGAACACGCCUCUAUGAGGGCUACCGUUUUGGCGCCACUGUAGAUGUAGGUCCAGAAAAACAGAUCUCAAAAUUCUUCUAUGCUUAUUUUUAUAAAAUAAAUACAUUCUAAUAUAUAUAUAUAUAUUAGAAUGUAUGAUGAAUAUAUAAUAUAUAUAUAUAUAUGUGCCAUUUUUUCAACCUGUUUAAUUUUGCAUAUAUUUUAGUUGGCACUUUUUUUAAACCACUAACAUUUAUUGAGCUAUAUCUAUUGUUUACCAUGAUUAAUAAAAGAUGGACAAAGAUUCACCACAAAUUAUGAAUAAGGAGUGAAAAUUCCCUAUAAAAAAGCUUGAAACCCCCAAAACUUCUAUGCAUUUGAUAUUUUGAAAGACCUCCAUCUACACUAGCGCCCCUAGCGGCGAAAUUAAACGCGGCAGCCCUCAUUGUCAAAGUGCUAGAGUACGUGUUCAAAUAUUUUUAAGCACCUCGGCCGUUUAGAUAUAUCUGUUGGCGACUGUACUACCAUUGACAAAACAAUACUAAACGUAUAAAGUGGAAAAUGUAACCGCAUUCAGCUGCAAUAGACUGCGCUGUACAUAUUUAGUGCAUAAUUAUUUUCUAUCGUAUUUUCACGGAAACAUACGAACGUGUCUUGCUGUCUCGGUACAAAAAGUACUGAGGUUGACUGAACUAGCAUGACAAAUACGAACGUUUCCGAGAAAAUACGAUGGAAAACAAUUAUACACUACAUCUGUAACUAUGUUUUGAAGCGUUUUUUGGGUUCCGUACCCAAAGGGUAAAAACGGGACCCUAUUACUAAGACUCCGCUGUCCGUCUGUCUGUCACCAGGCUGUAUCUCAUGAACCGUGAUGGCUAGGCAGUUGAAAUUUUCACAGAUGAUGUAUUUCUGUUGCCGCUAUAACAACAAAUACUAAAAAGUACGGAAUCCUCUGUGCGCGAGUCCGAGACGCACUUGGCCGGUUUUUUGACAAUGCGCUUAAUUAAGACGAAAGUGGAGGACCCGCGCGAAAUCGCGUUUUCAUACAAACAUAGUCCUCAUUUUCCUCUCUGUAUAUUAACAUUAUUGAAAAUAUUUUGACACAAUUCAUUGUAUAUCAACCACAGCUAUGGCUACUUUGAUUUUUUUCGAAUUUUAAUUUAUUAUAAGAGUUAGCAUUUAUGAAAAUAAAAAUUGUAUGAAAUCCAGAGGAAAAUGGGGAAUACGGUUGUAUUGAGAAACGGCCGUCCCUUUUCCUCUUAACACGAAACGUAACCGUAUAGCGCCAUCAUUCGUCUUAGUAUUAUUUUGUAUAUGGUAGUGCUAAAAAGACGGAUGUACUAACUAUAGUUAUUACAUUUUGUAAAUAUGUCUCAAUCCCAGUACUAAAGUACUAAAAAAUCACACGCAUACUAGCCUUGCCGCCGCCAUACAAUCGUUACGCUCGCAUUUUGAUGUAACAUGAAAUCCAUACUAAUAUUAUAAAUGCGAAAGUCUGUCUGUCUGUGUGUUCCCUCUUCACGCUUAAACCGCUGAAUCGAUUUAGAUGAAAUUUGGCAUAGAGAUAGGUUGAGUCCCUGAGAAGGACAUAGGAUAGUUUUUAUCCCGAAAAUCAUCCCUUAAGAAAGUAAAAAGCGGGGUGGAAUUGAGAUAAUUAAUGAAGUGCCUGGUAAUUUGUGUGCAUAAUAUGCUGAAAUUGAAUGAUUGCUAUGAGAAUUUUUCCAGGCGCUAUACUUGCUUUAGCUGCUGUUACUAAGUCCACGCAGACGAAGUCGCGGGCAAAAGCUAGUUUGAAAUAAAGAUUCAAGUAACGUAUAUCGUCUAAUACGACGAAAGAAGUGCCUGGCGUCCGUUGGCUUGUUGGGUGGACGACAUUCGGAAGAUUGCGGGUCACGGGAUUUUGACAGCACAGACUGUGCAAGUGUUAUUUAUACGUCAUAAUUUCAUUUAAAAUAACGCUUGCACAGUGGGCUAUCAAAAUCGCUGCAGACUUAUCUUGGUCUAACUCUAGUUUUUGGCUAAAAAUUGUUAAAGAAAAUAGAGCAACACUGAAUGUAACAAACAUUUUUAUACGCUCAUUUUUCUUUGCAUUACAAUUUCUAGAAACGAAAACUAAAUACCAGAUACAAAUAUACGUUACAUGAAUAUUUAUGCCAAGUUUCAUGUCGUUUUAAAUGAUAACGAAAUUGUAUGGAUGCGGCUAGGGUCGUGAAUAAUAAUUGCUAUAUGCUUGUACAUAUAAUGUAGUAACUAAAGAUCGGGAUAUAUUAAGAACCUCGCUUAAAGAGAUCGCUUUUUAGAGAUAAGACCGCCUGUUGUCUACAUUUAUUUUAAAAUUAUUAACUGUGUUUUUUAUGUUAUUUUUUUGUAAAUAAAGAUUUGUAAUGUAACGUGA